AUGAAUGUCCACUUCAUAUCAAAUUUUGAGCUGAUCCGGGAGUGUGGACUUUUAAUUUGGGCCAUUGUGCACCGUAGAGUUGACGGUGCGCAGAUUCUGACUCUCACAUGCUGGCAUUUUGUAGACUUGUUCGGCGCGUGGCCGGACUCGGAGGCGCCGCCGACGCGGAGGUUCCAGUGCCCCAACUGCAGGAGCGCGUACAGCCGGCGCUCCAACCUCUCCCGCCACGUGAGGUACGAGUGCGGGCAGGAGGGCCGGUUCAAGUGCCCGCUGUGCCCGCACCGCUCCGCACGCCACAACAACCUGCAGAGGCACAUCCACGCGCGGCACCUGGCCGCCUGCCUCGGCGCCGCGCCGUGACUCCAACAAGUUGCGUCUUCGUGACGCGUUCAGAACUGUCUGUCUCGCGUGUCGUCAAUAAUCAAAAUCUUACUGUUGUACAUACAGUGGUUCUAUUCCAACGUUCCUCGAGUAAACACACAAGUUGCAUUAUCAUAAUGUAUUCAAACUGUCUGUCUUGUGUGUUAUUAAUCAUCAAAAUCUUACUGUUUCAAUGUACAUACAGUGGUUCUUUGAAAGUAUGUCGAAAUCUUACCGUGCAAUGUAUUUUAAGUGAUCCUUUGAAUAAAU